AUGUUCCGGACACAUCCACUCGACCAACCAGAGAUUCGCUCAAUCAUUGCCAGCAAUCUUGGCCCCAAAGACCUCACAUCCUGUGUGCGUGUGAGUCAGGAUUGGAAGGGCUCAUUUACACCACCGCUCUACAAGUCUGUCGUGGUAUCGAAACAUGGCCCCAGCAUGGAAACUCUCGAGAGAAACAAGCACCUUAUAAAGAGGCUCAGGAUUCAGAGGUUUAUAUACGAAAACCAAUCCUCGACGACAUCAGCACAAACCAAAGUACUUUCUAGCAUCCGGAACAACUCGACUCUGACCGCUUUGGACUUGCGCGACAACUCGAUCGGAGAAAACGGAGCUCAGGAGCUGGCUGAGGCACUCAAGACCAACUCCACUCUGACCACUUUGGACUUGGGCCUCAACUCGAUCGGAGACAAGGGAGCUCAAGAGCUGUUUGAGGCGCUCAAGAUCAAUUCGGCUCUGACUACUUUGAACUUGAGCAAAAACUCGAUUGGAGAAAAUGUAGCUCAGGCGCUGUCUGAGGCAAUCAAGGUCAACUCUACUCUGACCAUGUUGGACUUGAGCAGGAACUCGAUCGGAUCCAACGGAGCUCCGGCGCUGGCUGAGGCACUCUUGACCAACUCGACUCUGACCACUUUGGACUUGAACGAGAACAUGAUUGAAGACAACGGAGCUCAGGCAGUGGCUGAGGCACUCUUGACCAACUCGACUCUGACCACGUUGGACUUGAGGAACAACUGGAUCAAAAAAAACGGAGCUCAGUCACUGGCUGAGGCACUCAAGACCAACUCCACUCUGACCAUGCUGAACUUAGGCUACAACUCGAUCGGAGACAACGGAGCUCAGUCACUGGCUGAGGCACUCAAGACUAACUCGGCUCUGACGACGUUGACCUUACGCUAUAACUCGAUCGGAGACAGCGGGGCUCAGCCACUGGCCGAGGCACUUAAAACCAAUUCGACUCUGGCCACGUUGGUCUUGAGAAACAACUGGAUCAGAGACAACGGAGCUAAGGCGCUGGCCGAGGCACUCAAGACCAAUUCGACUCUGACCACGUUGGACUUGCGCGGCAACUCGAUCGGAUACGACGGAGCUCAGGCGCUGGCUGAGACACGCAAGAUCAACUCAGCUGUACUCAUUUUAGACUUUGUAGACUGA